AUUGAAAAGAAUCAAUUCAAAAGAACGGUUCGGCUGGGAGUCGGACAGCGCGACCACCAGCUCCGCGCUCCGCUGGUUCUCCCUGUAGACGGCAGUUUGAGAAGAGGAGCCGCGGGUUGCUUUCUUUCGCUCCGCCCUGUGACGGUGAAACGAAAAAAAACUCCCCUUACUUUUGCUGCUGGGGGCUCGUCCUGAGGUCACGGCGACCAGGACGAAGCAACGGGGAAAAGUAUGGAAGUCAGAGCGGCGUAGUAAGUUCUUUAGGAUACCACUGUUUGGAAAACUGUAACGUACACAAAAUGGCGAGUCACACGGAGGAUGCGUUAACGUUAGCACGGCGGCGGAGGAAUUGCUGUGGCUACCUAAACUGAGGGAGGAAGUGUUCAACUGUCGGUGUUUUUUUCCCAGAAAGAGUCUUAAAAUCACUAUAGCAGAGAACAAGUCGGGAAAGGAGGGAGUCAACUCGGUGAGCUGAAAACACCAGCCGUUUGAAAAUGCAGUGCUUUGCUGACGAAGAGUUGGAGCUUCGUUCUCUUUCUAACGUUUCAACUCCCUCAGCCGAGCGGAACACUUAAAACAUUUUCCGACGGAUUUCUUUCUUUCUUUCUCCGCAAGAAUGUGAUUUUGUUCGCAGAAGCAGAGCCAUGGCCGUCCGCGGUGCUCGGACAAACACGACGUUGUUUCUCUCUGCAAGGAAAAAACGCCAACUCUUUCUUCGCCUCAGAGUUUCCGACGCGCUCUCUCCUCCAAGUGUUUACACGGCGUCGAAGACCUGCUCGGAGCUUCUCCCUUCAGCCCCAGCUUAGCUCACCAUGCUCGCUCGCCGGUCCUGUGAAGCCGACCAAGCCGAGGAUAUCAGUAACGUUCAUUCUCUCGUACCCUUCGUCGCCCGCCCGUUGAUGCCACCACCACCAUGGCGGUGAGGUCCAGGAGACCGUGGCUGAGUGUGGUUGUUGGGGUCGUGCUGGGUUUCACCGCCGCGUCCUGGUUCGUCGUGCCAGCCGUCGUAGAGCUCAACGGCGGCGCCAAGAGAAAGUCUCCGGUGUGCUCGCGCCACAGAGACGACGGCGGGGGGUUGGCUGUGGGGAAAGUUUGGGAGGCCAGGGGAAGCUCCAGCACCGCGGCCGGUCGCACUUGGCGCAGGGAAGAGGGAGAGGAGGUGGAAGAGGGAGAGGAGGAGAGUGCCUCCAGGACAGGCGAUGGCGACCCUCCACUUAAACGUUUCCUAUAUGUGGGGGUCAUGACGGCCAAGAAGUACCUGGACUCCAGAGCGGUCGCUGCGUAUAAGACGUGGACGCGGAGUAUACCCGGGAAGGUGGAGUUUUUCUCCAGCGAAGGUUCAGACGUGGUGCCCCUGCCAGCCCCCGUCCCUGUAGUCUCGUUAUCAGGGGUGGAUGAUUCAUAUCCGCCUCAGAAGAAGUCCUUCAUGAUGCUCAAGUACAUCCAUGACCAUUACCUGGACAAGUACGAGUGGUUCAUGCGAGCUGAUGACGACGUCUACAUAAGAGGUGAAAAGCUGGAGCUUUUCUUGCGCUCGCUCAACAGCAGUAAACCUCUAUACCUAGGGCAGACAGGCCUGGGUACCACAGAGGAACUGGGCAAACUUGCCCUGGAGCCUGGUGAGAACUUCUGCAUGGGUGGUCCGGGCAUGAUCUUCAGCCGCGAGGUGCUCCGCAGGAUGGUGCCCCACAUAAGCACCUGCUUGAGGGAGAUGUACACCACCCAUGAAGAUGUGGAGGUGGGCCGCUGCGUCAGGCGCUUUGGAGGAACUCAGUGUGUAUGGUCCUACGAGAUGCAGCAACUGUUCUAUGAAAACUAUGAGCAUAACAAGAAAGGUUUCAUUGAGGAGCUUCACAGCAGCAAGAUUCACAAUGCCAUCACUUUGCACCCCAACAAGCGGCCAGCCUACCAGUACCGGCUCCACAACUAUAUGCUGAGUCGGCAAAUCUCCCAGCUCCGCUACCGUACCAUCCAGCUGCAUCGUGAGAGCAUCACCAUGAGCCACCUUAGUAACACAGAGGUGCAGUGGGAAGACCAACAACUGGGAGCGCCACCUUCUUACACUCGUUACCAGCCAACCGAACGUGAAGAUGUAAUUGAGUGGGAAUUCCUGACACGUAGGCACCUGUUCUCUACUAGUGAGAAGCAGAUGCCCAGGCAAGGUCUUGGGAGAGCACUUCACUCUGCAUUAGAGGACACGGUGCUCCAGGUGAUGGAGAUGAUAAACGAGAACUCUAAAGCUCGAGGCCGAGUCAUUGACUUCAAAGAGAUUCAGUAUGGCUACAGAAGGCUGAACCCCCUCUGUGGUGCUGAGUACAUCCUGGAUCUUCUGUUGCUCUACAAGAGGCACAAAGGGCGAAAAGUGACCGUGCCAGUCCGUAGGCACGUCUACCUGCAGCAGUCCUUCAGCCGGCCUUUUUUUCAUGAGGCUGAGGAGCUGGAUGUUGCCGAGUUAGUUGAGGCCAUUAACAGUGACUCUCAGUCCUUCUCAUUCCUCUCAAAUUCACUCAAGAUCUUCGCCCCAUUUCAGUUCUCAGAGUCUAUGAAGGAGAUGCAAGAGCAUAGUCAAAAGAAGGUUCACUUUCUCGUGCCUCUAACAGGCAGGUAUGAUACAUUCUUACGCUUUAUGGACAACUUUGAGAAGAUCUGCCUUAUUUCAAACCAGAAUGUGAAACUCGUCAUCAUACUGGUGGAAAAUGAUAGCAACCAAGAUAAGGAAAAGCACUUGGAGCUGAUUAAGGACUACCAUAAUAAAUAUCCCAAAGCAGAUCUGUCUGUAAUACCAAUGACAGGAGAGUUUUCUAGGGGUCUUGCCCUAGAGAUGGGUGCCUCUCAGCUUAGUAAUAACUCGCUGUUGUUCUUCUGUGAUGUGGACCUGGUGUUCAAUAGUGAUGCACUCCAGCGGUGCAGAGACAAUACUGUUGAGGGGAGUCAGGCUUACUUUCCCGUUGUCUUCAGCCAGUAUGAUCCAAAAAUUGUCUAUGCUGGGAGCCAUACAGAGGACAGCAACUUUGUCUUCACCAAGAAGACUGGCUUCUGGCGAGAUUAUGGCUUCGGCAUUACAUGCAUAUUCAAAAGUGACUUGCUGAAGGCUGGAGGCUUUGACACAUCAAUACAAGGCUGGGGUUUGGAAGAUGUAGACUUGUUCACUAAAGUUAUCAACUCCGGUUUAAAAGCGUUUCGCUCGCAGGAAACCGGAAUUGUGCAUAUUUAUCAUCCUGUCCACUGCGACACUAAUCUAGAUCCCAAGCAAUAUAAAAUGUGCCUCGGGUCCAAAGCAAGUACAUAUGCAUCUGCGAUGCAGUUAGCAGAACUGUGGCUGGAGAAACACUUAGGCAUAGGAUACAACAGAACCUCCUCCUGACAUUCCAGCUAUCCAUCAAUGUCACUGGAGAUUACCUCAGUUCUGCAUGAAAGCAGCAAAAGACUGGUUGUGUGUGUGUGUGUGUGUGUGUGUGUGUGUGUGUGUGUGUGUGUGUGUGUGUGUGUGUGUGUGUGUGUGUGUGUGUGUGUGUGUGUGUGUGUGCGUGCGUGCGUGCGUGUGUGUGCGUGUGUGUGUCUGGGGGGUGGUUUAAUGUGCAAAGGUGUGCAAUUAAAGGUACUCUACAAGUGUUUGGAGCAACUUCUUAUUUGUUAGUGUAGUUGAAUUUUCAACGUCUUCCAAAGGACAUUCUGUGCCCCAGUCUGAAAUUUCAGGGCUUGUAGUUCAUCAUUUGUUUGCUUUUGGGGGAAGAGAGUAUCACUGAUGCAAUCAUGAAAUCUGCUGAUAUACUCAAGAGCAUAUUCCUCAUCAUGUGACCAUCAUCAGCGAAUGUGUUUUAUACAAUCUGUGUCUUUGAGGCUGUAAGAGAAGUGCUCUUCUCCCCAUGUGAACACAAAGGACACAAUUACUACCACCAUGUGAUGAAUGGAUAAUAAAUUAAGAUGGAACGAUGGGGACAGUAAUAUUAAAAGUACCACAAAUGUGCUUUAAACGUCCCUUCAAGAAAGGGGACUGAAGAGAAAUAGAUUUUUUUUAUACUAAGAAAAUCAUAUUGUAAUUCAUCUGUAGUAUUUUGAUAAGUGUAGUUUAUUUUCUAGUUGAAGUAGGAUUGUUUUGUUACGGUACUAGCUUCCGUCCAACUUUUGCUGUGUUCUAUAUUUCAUGGUCUGCUUACUCUUAUUUUGUCCUCUUCACUAUUUCGUGCAGCUUCUACUCUGAUGAGCAAAAUGCACCUAUCAUUUUGCUUUGUGGCUUGUUUAUGUUGUUAGUUUUUCUGGCAACUAAAUAUUAAAAUGGAUUAUUUAUAAUAAAAAAAACACUGAAGCAAA